AUGCGAGAACUAGCCGAAUUACGCUCUCGGCGACCACUUCUCCCAGUUCCUCAUGAAAACCUGACGUCUUCUUCAUUACCUAACCGUUCAACAUUGGAAUUACCGUCCAAUAAUGAUUAUACUACAAAGCAGGAGGAGGAACUCUCAUUUCCAUCACCACCACCAUCGCCUCCAAAAGUGUUGACAACUGAAAAUCCUUUGGCUGAUUCACCGCCUUCUACAUCCCCUAAAAAUGGUCACUUGGCUGCAUCUGAAACUGCAGAAUUGUGUGAUGAGGAUACCACGGUUACAGUUAUGGAUUCGCACACGACAAUAUGCUAUGAUACCGAAUUCUCAACUGAAAUCAAUUUACCUGAUACUUUGAUCGAGGAUGAGCAGUCAUCAAGCAUACCUAGUCCUAGUUUAACACAUUCAACCAAGAAAACAAUAGAAGAAUCUACUCAAUCAACUAUGUUUUCAAAUCAAACUAAUACUCAUUCCUAUUACUCACGACCAAAGAUGGGGUUAAAACGUCGAUCAUCACUGUCAGAAAGUUCACUGGAUACUUAUCUUCAUAUACCAAGACAGAAAUCAGUUACCUUUCAAAAGACGAUCAACUCUACUACUACUAAUACUACUACUACAGAUGAUAGUGAAAAUGAUUCCAAUUGGCGUGAUAGUGACUGUCCAACAUCUUCAGAAUUGUCUAGUCAGUAUGAAUACUUACUAGAACAGGAAAAGCAUAAAAGAGAUUUACUCGAAAUGGAUUCUGAAGAUAACAAUUCAGAAUUAUCAGAUAUUUUGAAUACUCUUACUUCAAAUGACGAUAACCAAGAGUUGACCAGUCUAUCUUCACAAGAUCACGAUGAUAAAGAAAAUGAUUACCUAUCAUAUUUUGCAAAGGAUGAUAGCGAUUUACUAAUUAAAAAUCGUAUAUCUCCAGUAUUACCAUUAUCUCAGGCUGCACGACGUUUUCAGAGAUUAGCUGAACUACCAAAAUUGAUACAAGCUGAGCGUGCAGUUAUUUUACAGGCUAGUGCAGCAUUGAAACAAUGUGUUAGCAUCCUUUCAAGAAAGAAUCCAGAAGACUCUAAUAUUUUGAAUGAAAUGGGUCCUGGUUCCAUAGUUCAUGUGGAAGCAAGUAGAACAAUGUUGAUAGCAUGUCAACGUCGUCAAGUUUUAAUGGAAGAACUUGCAUUACUACACAGAGGUUCUCCAGUUCUUCUUCCACCACCACGUGGUGAUCCAAUACGUGCUCGUAUGAAAUUGAAUGCAAUUCGUCUCUCUCUUAAGACAUCCAAUAUACCAAAUGAUCCGACUAGUGGAGGAGGUUUUGUUGUAGUCGGUGUUGGACGUGAUGCUGGUGGUUGGAAUAUUCCUACUUCAAAAUCUCGUUCUGGUGGUAGUCAGCUGGGUCAGCCAACAUGUUAUCACUUACUAGCUGUUAUCAAAUGUCGUGGUGAAGGUCGAUUGUAUCAUAGUGAACUUGUCACUUUGAUGCAUAUGAGUGAUUUGCCUGUUGGAAUGUACCGACCUGCUCCUUAUGUGGAUUUACCAGCAAAACUUGAAAUUGUUCCUAUAAGACCGGAUUUUGUAUUUCAAUUAGAAAUCUACUGCAUGCGAACAGGAUCGGAUCGACCAAUGAGUAUUCGUGCUUAUGGAUCACCGCGUAUAUCUAGAUCAACACUAGUGCAUAGAGAUGCUGAUGAUGAAGUAGUUGAUUAUACAACACCUCAGCAUAAACUAUAUCAUUGCAAACCAUUAUCAUCUCCACCUUCAAGUCGUAAGAAAUCUCGAUUCGGUCAUUAUCAUCAUCAUCAUCAACAGCAUCAGCAUCAUGAUACUUCAAACAAUGAACUAACUCCUUGUGAAACUGCUAGUCACGUAUUAACACAUUGUCUACCAUCUACUUAUUUUAAAACUCCUCCGUAUAAAAUAUCUGAUGUUGAUCAAAAUAUUUACAGUGGACGAGAUAAAAUUCCUGCCUUUUCUUUAAUUUCUUCUGUGGAAAUUCAUUACAAUGAUGAUUUAUUGAUUGGUGGUCGUGUUAACCCGUCGACUCAAAAUAAAUCGUAUCCUAGCUGUUCAACAGUUUCUGUUAAUAAUAAUAAAGGUGAUAACAAUACAAACGUUUCAAGUCGUCUGCCAUUACGUUUAUUGCAUUUACCCCGUUCUAGCCCAUUGGCUGGUACAGCUGGUCUCGUUGAUGCUUUCGUUAGCCUAGAAGCUAAAGUGCUAACUCGAGGUUUUAUGACAGUAUUUGAAGAAAUUAGUGGAAUGGGUGUAUGGCAGCGUUAUUGGUGUCAAUUACGCGCAGAUUAUCUUCAUUUUUGGAGGUAUCCAGAAGAUGAACAUAGUGGAGUAUCACGUUCCAAUAAUCCAUUGCACAAUGCUAAACCUUUACAUCCACCAUUAGGUCGUAUAGAUCUACGACAUGUUGUAGCACCUGGUGCUGUACCUGCACCACGUUCUAUUUGUGCUCGUUCCAAUACAUUGUAUAUGCGUUCACUUCGAGAAAUUGAUCCAAAUUAUUUAUCUGCUUCAGUUAGUAGUAAUACUACUAAUAAUAAUUCAUCUACAACUGGAAACAAUAAGAAGUGUACUAAUGAAAGUUUAGUAUUUCGUGCUUCGAAUGAUUUUAAAUGGUUGGAGCAAAGACACUUACUGUGUGCUGAUACACCUGAGGAACGUGAUGCCUGGAUUAUGUGGUUGAAUGCUUGCUCAGAGUCAUUGAAAGAUUGGAUGCCAGAGCAUUUCGCUUGUUUAUCUCGUUAUGAUGCACGAUUGGAAUUUCUCAACCUGUAUCAUCUCAACUAG